AUGGCGUCGGUCUCAACCGCAGACGCUGGGCAGACAUUUGAGAUUAUCUCGUCGCUUCGAUACGAUCCUUCCCUACCACAAAUCACUCUCCGCAAUGCCGAUAGCUAUCCCAAUCCCCGAGACUCGCCCUACUACCUCUUGGCGUAUCAUCGUGACCGAUUAAUAGCUGCGGCGCGCCAUUUUGGAUGGGAACACGCGUUGAAAUGGUUGCAGCAAGAUUUGACAAGUUUUGAAAGGUUCCUGGACGGGUCAAUACCGGACCGGAGCAAGCCAUGGCGGUUGAGGAUUGUGGUGGAUAUCAACGGCAAGGGCUCGGUCGAUGUCAACCCAACUGCUGCAUUCGAUCCAUUGAACCUGUUGACUCCGUCUCUGCAUGCCAGCCGUCCACCGAAUAUAUGGCGGGUUUACGUUGAUAGCCAGCCCAUACUACCGUCCGGCUUCACCACACACAAAACCACUGCCCGGGAUGACUAUACGGCUGCACGAUUGCGAGCGGGGAUCUCUUCACCGGCAGAGACAUCAGAGGUUCUCGUGGUCAAUCCAAGAGGUGAGGUCAUGGAAGGAAGCAUAACCACCCCAUACUUCCGGCGUCGUGGGCCGAUCUCCAGGCCAUCUGGUCAAGACUCGACUGAGCCUGCUUGGAUUACGCCGCUUCUGAGCAGCGGCGGCAAUGCUGGGACAAGCAGAAGAUACGCUCUAUCCCAAAGGUUCUGUGUGGAAGGAAUCAUUCCACAGACCGACCUUGUGGAUGGCGAAGAAUGCUGGUUGAGUAAUGGGGUCCGCGGGUUUAUGCUUGGCGUAGUUGUACUAAGUUGUCAACCUGGAGAGCAAAAUUGA